AUGGUACGCACCCGUACCAUUUUUCAGACACAAAAAUAUUCUUUCUUUUGCAGCUUGGUAAAAGGAACACUGGAUCUUGGUUUGGUUUGUUCCUGGCCUUUUGACACUUUAGACAAAGACGCUAACCUGCUUCAAGUUGAAUCCAUUGUCAAACUGCGAUCAAAGAGCUCUCUGAAGAACGGGGAUCAAAUAACCGUAUCAACAGCUAUCUUCCUCGAGAAUAGCCUCGUGGAUACUUCAACAUUACGUUUGUCAGUGACCGACGUUUUCCAAGAAUAUUUGAGCCCAUCGGUAAAUGCCACUUUCAACGAAACAAUGUUGCGUCUCAACAGCAGCAGUGGCAGCAUCUCCAUGAAAAUCGGACAAGUGAUUAUCCUACCUGUUGUAAUUUCAAUCCCCACCAAUUCGACUGUGAACGUGAAAUUAGAAGCCAUCAUGCCCGUGUCGGAGUCGGCCGACCUGACUGUGCUUUAUAUGAAGUAUGCUUCAUCGGGAGAGAACAUUGCUCGCGUUGGAGAUCCUGAAGAUCAAAAACUAAGCCUGACCUCCGUCAAUGGAACUUCCCAGAAAGAUCGCGGAGUCCUGGAUCUGGGAGUUGUAACGAACACAGGCGUCACUUAUCGAAAGGAACUGACCAACGAAGAAGACAACCUUCUUGUUGUCGAAGUCACUUUGCAGUUAACCGACAGUCUCUCGAAUACAAAUUCGGCGAAGAAAAUUUUCCAACUUAUAGCCACAGUCGGACCUUACGUUGCUCAUUUGGAAAAUACUGUUUCGGUUGACAGAAAUCUAAAUGAAGUCCCGAAAAUCUUCUUUGAAGGAUUUCUGAAUGACACCGGAAGACCUCUCAAUGACCACUUUAUGACUGUCUACUCUCUCCUCAAGCAUGAAAAUACUUCAAUGGCGGAACUUCACCCAGUAUACGCCAUUUUUUAUCUUCCUCCUUUCGUCCAAUUUGAUGACCAACUUAUCUCCAAUAUGACCGGAAGUUCUCCCACCAAGAUUUACGAUUCGAAAUCCGGACAACUGACAAUCAAGUUCGACCAUCUUUAUUUUACGGAUAUCAUUUCCUUCUCCUUUGCCGUAGUGAGACGAUCCAAUGCCACUGCUACGAGAUCCUUGGUGAACAGCACCGUCCCGUUUGAGGCUGGUGGCUACAUAAUACACAGACCUGGAAGUAGCCACCCGAACGGAACUUAUUUUUCCAGUCCAAUGGACGCCCUGAUGUUUGCAGUGCAAUUCCCGCCCGUUAAUGAUACAUGCGGAGGGAAACUUGAUUAUUCCAAUUGUCAAGUUUUAGUGUCACCGGAAUCCAAGUAUGAAAACGGAGUCUUUGAACCUUUUAUCCGAGCUGGAGAAUUCUCUUCCAACCGCUACCUUCAGAUUUAUUUCGGCAACAAAGUCCGAGUGGAAAGAGUCUCCAUUAUGCGUCAAACGCCGUCGGAAGGAGAUGUGUUGUUGUUCAACCUUGCCUACAGUGAUGACGGCAUCAGCUGGGUACCAGGAGACAAGAUCAAAGUGAACUCUGGUCAUAACACGGUGUUAUUGUACAAUACUGUAACUCGAACCCGGGCCGCUAGGUAUGUUCGAUUCUAUGUUGUUGAGCACACUGGAAACCCUGACGCACACUUGUUAAUGAAACUUAACUUCUAUGGAUGCAACACGACAAACGACGUGACAGAUGUCUGUGUCAGCGCGCCAAAAAGAACAGAUCCUAAAGGUACGAGUUUUCAAUCAGUAUAUUUUUUUUUAUUUCUUUCAUUCAAUCUAUCUAUCUAUCUAUCUAUCUAUCUAUCUAUCUAUCUAUCUAUCUAUCUAUCUCACUCUUUCUGUCAUCUAUCUAUCUAUCUAUUGCUGUUCAUAUCUAUCUAUCUAUCUAUCUAUCUAUCUAUCUAUUGCUGUUCAGAUCUAUCUAUCUAUCUGUCUACCCUUGACAGGCGAGUAGCAAACGUGAAUGCCUAUGUGAUUGAAAAUUCUCCCGAGAAGAACCAUUUCUACGGCAUCUCAGCUGACAGGAAGUCGUACAUGACCAGUCAAGACGGUGUCAUCUGGAUGUCAGCUGAACCGAGCCAAGCUAUCGACAAAAUUGAAACUUGUCAGCCACCUACCUGUAUAAAAAAUAUCGCCGUGCCAUGGCUUAAUCAGCACACAAUCGGUACUAACAAUCCGCAAACCCAGUUUAUAAACAACAUGUGGGGAGCAACCUACGAAGGUCUACUUAAAAAAGAUGCUUCUGGCUGGAAGCGAGUUGUUAAUUGGUAA